CCUGUUCAGCUCGCAGGUGGAGGAAUAUAAAGAGCCGUGGCGCGACGCGAGCAGCGAGAGGUUAUAACGGUCCUGCUGUCACUCAAACUCGCAGUCUGUCAACAUGAACAGAGUCAUCCUUCAGGUGUUGGCGGUGGGAUUCUGUCUGGCACUCGGUCAAGCUCUGCAGUGCUAUGACUGCGACCUCGGCCUUUUCAACGUGUGCUUUACUAGUAAAGUAACAUGUAAGGCUGGAGAGCACUGCUACAGCGGCGUCGGGGAGGCAGUGGGAGCCUUGGAUGUGACAAUGAAGGGCUGCCUGAAAGUGUCGGAGUGCAACAAGACGACUCAGGUCAACUUCCCAGGCAGCUCCAACAACACCCUCUAUACCAUGACCAGAACCUGCUGUGACAGUGACCUGUGCAACGCAGCACCGGGCAUGCCUGGGGGUCCCAUGCUGCCGCUCGCCAUCGCCACCCUCGCCACCCUUCUUGUGACAAAAAUCCUGGUUUGAAGAGCGAUGUGCGCCACUGCACUAAAACACAAUGAUUAGAUUGAGAGCACCGCUUUGGGAUUUUCACGUGUCAACAAUCGGCUACUUUUUGGUUCUUAUUAUCCGUGCACCGAAUUAAAUGGGUUUUCUCUCUUUGUGCGUCUAAAUGUGGGGCAGCGUUUGACUAUUGACGAUAUAUAGUUGACUAACAAUGUGGGGAAAAGGGAUGUUGUCCUUCUGUUGAACGACUAUAUUAAGAUCACGUUGGCAAAUCUUCUAGCUGCCGCAGCCAAAGUAACAUCUCAAAUACAAAUACCUGCCUUGAUUUGCAAUGAAGAUAAAGUAGAAGCGUGUACGCUGUGAUGGAGCGUGAUGUGUUUCAGAUUAGUUAUGACUGUUAAAUGAAGUCAUCAUGCUUCGCUAAUGUCAUGAACGUGUAAGGUUAGCAAACCUUCCUCUGACGUUUCGGCUGAGACCUGCAAACUAAAAUAAGAAUGCAUUCCAAAAGGGUUAUAACAAAAUAUGUCACAAAAUGUAUUGGUUUUGAAACACGAUAUGAAGAAAGUCAAAUCAAAUUUGUUUUAUAUUUAACAAAUAAAAAUUCCAACCCUGA